AUGGCUAUAUCUACACUCAGUUCUGAUGCGAUACUUCACAUUAUUCCACAGGUUCUUGGAGUUCAUAGUCAUAGCCAUGGACAUGCUCAUGAACACCACGAUAACUCUUCCCAUGAAAAUGUGACACAUGGUCAUAGUCAUCAUCAUCAUGAUCAUGAUGCAGACGAUGAUAAUGAAGUGUUUUGGUACACAGUCACAUCAUCCCGUCGAAAUCUACUCCGUCUCUCUGUCAUUGUACUAUCUAUCUACUUCCUGUACUUUGUCGAAUUCUUCAUGCUCUACCGGAAAACUCAUCUCCACUAUUGUGCCCCGUCAACCAAAUCGUUUGUUGCAAACUCGCCGUCUUCUGAAGUCAAAUCGUCGUUAUCGAAUUCGAGCGUAGUUGAGGAUAAUAAUAACGGAGGAGACACGAAAGAGAAGAGAAGAAAUAGUGUGGAAUUGGAGAAACCCAGAGAGCAGGGAGGACACGAGUUGAUUAGUUUAAGAGAGGAUGAUGAUGACGCUGGAGAGAUUUGUGGACUGAAACCGCGAGCUCUCAUCAUUCUUUUUGGCGACGGACUCCACAAUCUGGUUGAUGGAAUAGCAAUCGGUGCAUCGUUCAUGGUCUCUCUGAAGCUUGGCUUCAUAACAACAAUCGCCGUAGUCUGCCACGAACUUCCUCAUGAAAUCGGAGAUCUCGCUGUGUUGAUUGAUUCGGGACUUUCGAUGGUCACUGCUCUUAUUCUUAACUUGAUAUCUGCUCUGACCGCAUAUAUUGGGUUGUUCAUCGCGAUUUCACUGGGAAAAGAUGAGGAAAUUGAGACUAUUCUAUUGGCUAUUACAGCUGGAAUGUUUUUGUAUGUCGCUUGGGUCGAUAUGCUGUCACAUUUAAAACAUGACGCUCUGAUGGCUGAUCAUUGGAUGGUGACGAGUAUUCUUCAAAUCGCAGGAUUCAUUGUUGGAUUCGCGCUGAUAUUUGGAUUGGGAUGGUUUGAACAUUUGCUCGAAGGAGAACACUGA